GGGGGUGAGCAGGGAGGCCAGAGGAGGGGCCCCCCGCUCUCCUCCUCCCGUGACUGAGGAGUGUGGUGGGCUCAGCUGGGGCUGUCCCCUCCUGCCACCGCGCAGCCGUCCCCAGGGUCAGGCAGCUGCGCCGGAGCCUCUUCACCCGGCCGAGCAUCCUCCUGCCGUGCGGAUGAGGACGGAGAGAGGGAGCUGGGGGCUGCCGGCAUCCGCCUCGCUGCCUCACGGCUGGGCGAGAGCUACCCCGGCACAAUAGGCAGAGCCUCCGUGGGGGGUGGCAGAGCCCCCGUGGGGACCCACGGAGCCCCCGUGGGGACCAGACCCGCUCCCUGUCCACCAUGGUGGUUUUCAUGGGCAGGAACCUCUCCUCGCUUCUGGCUUUCUUCAAGAAGAAGGGCGCUGCCAAGGGCGAGGCCGAGAAGCGGCUGAGUGUGCAGUACACGGCGGGCGAGGAAUGUCCCGACAACGUCUUCUUCCCCAGCACGCGGCCCCCCCACCUGGAGGAGCUGCACAACCAGGCUCAGCAGGGACUGAAGUCCUUGCAGCACCAGGAGAAGCAGAAGCAGACCAAAAGUGCCUGGGACCACGGGGACACCAGCAGCCUCCAGUCCUGCGCAUCCUUGGAGGAUGACAGCGUGUCCUUCCGGAGCCGGGCGGCCUCCUGUGCCACUGACAGCACCUCCGAGGACGCCCUCUCCAUCCGCUCCGAGAUGAUCCAGCGGAAAGGUUCCACCUUCCGACCGCACGACUCCUUUCCCAAAUCCUCGGAGAGGGCUGGCAAGAAGAGGAAGGAGAGGAGGACAACGGUGCUGGGCAUCCCCCAGCACGUCCAUAAGGAGCUGGGUCUCAGGAACAGCCGGGAAUCCAAGGGACACCCUGACGCUGGCGGGCGAGGGCCGGCGGAGCGCGGGGGCAGCCAGGUACCGCAGGUCUUGCUGAACGGUGGGCAGGUCUCUGGCGAUGCCAUCCGCAUCCCCACCAUCGACGGGAAGCUGCAGCCCCUGGCUGUCCCCGGGGGCGCCCACGUCCGCCUGGGAGCCCUGGAGGAGGCAGACGCAGCCCUGCAGAAGCACAUCGACCGGGUUUACUACGACGACAUGCUGGUGGGGAGGAAGACGGCAGCCAAGCUGUCGCCCAUGGUGAGGCCAAAGUCACUGGCUGUGCCAGGCAUGACCACCAACACCAGCCCUCCGGAGCUGCUGGGCCCCGUCAUGUCCAUCUCGCCCCAAGGCACCUACAUGUCCAAGAUCAUCCCGAACGCCAUCCUGCCGCCCAUGGUGGACGUGGUGGCCCUGACACGGAGCAGCGUGCGGACUCUGAGCCGCUGCAGCUUGGUGUCGUCCAGCCCGGCCUCAGUGCGCUCCCUCACCCGCUUCUCGGAGCGCAGCGCCCGCAGCCGUGAGCCUUCCUCCUCCAGCGACAACUGGAGCCACUCACAGUCCACAGAGACCAUCGUCUCCAACAGCUCCACCAUCUCCUCCCAGGGGGGCUCUGGGCAGCCCGAGGCAGGGCCACGGGGUGAGGUGGACGUGGCCACUCGCUCCGACACCGACCAAGUCAGCAUCUAUAGCUCUGCCAGCUUCGCCAGCUCCUGCUCCAAGCCCACCACCGGCCCCACGCCUGCAGCCCCUGGGCUACUAGCCGUGGGGACCAGCAGUGGCCGGGCGUCCCCUGCCUACAGCACGAGCAGCCAGGCAGAGGGCUCGGACACGGGCAGCCUGGCCAGCGAGCGCUCUUCCACCCGUAGCGUCUCCCUCAGGAAGAUGAAGAAGCCCCCAGCCCCCCCUCGCAGGACCUACUCGCUGCACCAGAAGUCCGAGGGGGAGCCCAAGGUGCUGGGGCUGCCCCCCAAGCCCGACCGGCGGUCCCAGCGGGAGAGCAGCACGCCCUGGUCCCCGCGCCCCGAGCCCUUCAGCCCCACGGCCGAGGAUGAGGUCUUCUCCCCAUCGUCGCUGAGCGAGACCAGCAGCCUCCGCUCCGAGAGCUUGGCCGGUGCCAGCUCCCCCGAGGCCUCGCGGGGCAGCCCCGGGGUGACGGUGGUGCUGCGGGAGCCCCAGGCUCAGCCCAAGUGGAGCUGCCCGGAUGGGUUUGACCGCACCAUGUCCCCUUCCAGCGGCUACUCCAGCCAGAGCGGGACACCCACGCUGCCCACCAAGGGGCUGGGACCCCCUUCCGUGUCCCCGGGCAGGGCUCAGCCCCCGAAGUCGGACCGGGUCUGCUCCCUGCAGUCGCCUGCGCUCUCCGUGUCCUCCUCCCUCACCUCCAUCUCCUCCUCGGCUUCAGACCCGGCCCCCCCUGAGACUCUGCCAUGCCGCUCAGACCGGUUCGUCAUCCCACCGCACCCCAAGGUGCCCGCUCCCUUCUCCCCACCACCCACCAAGCCCCAGCAACCCGUGGCCCCCGCUGGCCCCCUUCUUCCUUCUCCAGACCCACCGGCACCCAGCACUGCCGGCCAGGAGCCCUCGGCCAAGCCCAGCAGCAAGUCUCCACCGCCAUCGCCGCCGCCUGCCUACCACCCACCUCCCCCGCCGGCAAAGAAGGUGGAGGGGAGCCCCCAGGCCGCCAGUGAGGCCCCCGCUGAUGCUGCCUGGCCCCCACCACCUCCACCAGCUCCUGAGGAGCACGACCUGUCCAUGGCGGACUUCCCCCCUCCAGAUGAAGCCUUUUUGUCCAGCCUGCCCGAUGCUACACUGGCUCCGGUGGCCGGGCAGACAGCGGCACCGACCCCGGGGGCUGCGUCUUCCUCCUUCUCGGCCACCGUCUCCUCACGCAGCCAGCAGCAAGAGCCACUGGCCGGGGCACCGCGGCCACCUUCCCCCACCAAGCCCCCUCCUGAGACCACCGUGCCGCCGCCACCGCCUCUCCCCCCACCCUCGGCUCCGGCUCUGCCGCUCCAAACCAGCCUUAAGAAGGCGGCCAACGGCCCCCAGGCGGACGCCAAGAAGGAGCCGGUGUUGCGGAGCAAGAGCGGCCCCGUAGCCAAGGAGGACGCCAGCUUGCCCAUCGUCACGCCGUCGCUGCUGCAGAUGGUGCGGCUGCGCUCCGUCAACGUGGAGCCCCCCGCCGGGGCUGGGGCCAGUGCCGAGGAGCGGCCGGCACCCCAAAAGCCCGUCCGCCGGUCCCUGUCCACGCGGCAGCCCCCUCCUGCCAAAGACGCGGUGCCUUCCAACCAGCUCCACCACGCCGUGCACCUCAAGGCAGCAGCCUUGUCCUCCUCCUCUGGCGAGGCUGCCGAGAAGCCACCGGGCAACAAAGCGGCUCUGCCCGGCCCCGAGGGACCCCCCGGGGAUGGCCAGCUCUCCCCCAGGAAUAAGUCCCCGGCCUCCACUGCCAGCUUCAUCUUUGCCAAGAGCUCCAAGAAGCUGGUGAUCGAGACGGCCUCGUCCCCCGAGGCGCAGGCUGACCUGAAGAGGAACUUGGUGGCCGAGCUGAUGAAUUUCUCGGGGCAGCGCUCGGCAGCCCCGGCUGCCGCCCAGCAGGGCCCCGGCAAGGCGCAAACCCACCGAAAACCCGGCAAGAUUCCCCCUCCGGUAGCCAAGAAGCCUUCUCUUGGCCCGGGGCCGGCUCCUUCCCCCUUGAGCCCGAAGGCACCGGAGGUGGAGGCGCUGGGCUCCCCCGUGCCCGACGGGAAGGCCAAGGCAGCGCCGGCCGACGAGAGCAGGACUAAGAGUGAGCCGGCGGGGACGGCGGCCACGGGGACGGAGGGGAGGAAUGGCACAGAGCCACCGGCUUAGAGCCUCCCUGCACAAGAUGGACGGGGAGAGACGGCCUGAAGGACGAAGCUGCAGGAGGAACUGGUGCCCCGCAGACAGGAAUCCAAAUCUCUCAGGGACCUGGGCAGGUCAACGGACGAGUGUGGAACUGGCAACUAACUUAAUACAGGAAGCAAACAGCCUUAGCCUCCACGGCCUUGAUGAUAUUUAUGCAAAAAUGGUGUUGGUUUCACUUUCCUAAGUACUACAGCUUUAUUUUGCUUUUUUUUUUUUGUUUUGUUUUUUUUAACUGGACUGGAGACCCCAUGCCCAGAGCCAGCACCUCCUCCCUCCAGCUUGGUUUGGGGUGCGGAGCCGAGCAGCCCCACAGAGGAUGAAGAUGCUGGAGCCGCUCUGCCCGCGAGGAAUCAAAGCACUUUGGACACGGGAAGGGGGAGGCUUUGGCCACAGGGGAAGGCGGGCAGGAGGGGAUGGAGAUGCUGGUUGGGAGGGACCAGGACCUCAGCCCUUGCUGGAGAGGCAGGAGGGGACACUUGGCCAGCACCGAUCUCUGCCCGCUGGCCGCAGGGUGGAGGGGAAGCCCAGCUGCCCCGGGAGCUGGUCUUCAGACCCUGGGGUAGAGCCUCAAGUUCUGUUUCUGUAACCUCGGGUCACGUUUUAAUUUCUUUGAUUGUAAAAAAACAAACGAACCAAACUGACCAAACCAAACCAAAAGCAACCAACCCUCUGCCACCGAGUAGCUGCUCAGAGCUCUGUACUGGCUGGUAAAAAUGAUGACCGAA